UCUUCUCCCUCGCAACCGACUCUCCCUUCAAACGGGAAACAAGAUGGCGGCUGCAGGUCCGAGUACUCGGGCCUCUUCCGCGGCGGCAGCGGCCGCUCUGAGUCGGCGGGGCCGGCGGGGCCGCUGUGACGAGAUGGCGGCAGCUAAGACUGGAGCCCCAGGCCCGGCUUCUGGACCUUCGCUGUUGGUGUUGUCCCCGCCGUUGCUGCAGCCGCCGCUGCCGCCGCGGCCGGAGGAAUCGGGCUGCGCCGGGUGCUUAGAGCCCCCGGGGGAAGCGGCGGCCCUGCCGUGCGGCGACUCGCUGUGCCGAGGCUGCUCCCAACGCGCCGCUGACGCGGCGGACCUGGGUUGCCCUCGCUGCCGCGCCCGCGGCCCAGGGUGGGCCCGCCGUCGGGCCCGCGACGACGGCCAGGCCGACGCAGAGGCGCUGGACGAGCGCUGCCGCCCGCGCCGGGACGGGGGCGCGGCUGCCGUGGGGCCCAGGCCAGACCAAGAGCCGCGUGCCGCGCCUGCGGAGCCAGACUUUAUAUUCAGAGCACCAAUCAAAUUAAGCAAGCCUGGGGAACUUCGUGAGGAAUAUGAAAGCUUGAGAAAGCUGAGAGAAGAAAAGUUACAAGAGGAAAAACCCUCUGAAGAUCAAAUCCACAAGCUGUUACCAGAGGAUACAGAAACAGGGAAAAGGAAAAUGGAUGAACAGAAAAAAAGAGAUGAACCAUUAGUACUGAAAACAAAUCCGGAACGUUGUCCUGCACGUCUCUCAGAUUCAGAGAAUGAAGAACCUUCUCGAGGCCAGAUGACACAGACACAUCGCUCGGCAUUUGUUUCCAAGAACAACUCCUACUCCUUAGCUUUCCUGGCAGGGAAGCUAAACUCCAAGGUGGAAAGGAGUCAGAGCUGUAGUGACACAGCCCAGGAAAGAGCAAAGAGCAGACUCAGAGCAGCUCCAGGCAACAAAGCCAAGGUCACAACUAUGACUCCAGCCUCCAACCCCAUCAUUGGUGUCCUCUUGUCAACUCAAAACAACCGCUGCCUCUCAGCCCCUGACUUAACCAUCGAAAAGCGUCUACCCUUCAGCUCCCUUUCAUCCUUGGCUUCCCUGCAUAAGCCAGAGCGUUCUAUCAGCCCUGAGAGCAAUGACAGCAUCUCCGAAGAACUAAACCAUUUCAAGCCCAUUGUCUGCUCACCAUGUACCCCUCCCAAAAGACUCCCUGAUGGCCGUGUGCUAAGUCCCCUCAUCAUCAAAUCAACUCCACGCAACCUAAACAGAAGCCUGCAGAAGCAGACUUCUUAUGAGGCCAGUCCACGGAUCCUCAAAAAGUGGGAACAGAUCUUUCAGGAGCGACAAAUCAAAAAGACCCUGUCAAAAGCCACUCUUACCUCUCUGGCUCCUGAAAUGGGGGAAGACUUACUAGGCUCUGAAGGUAUCCAUUCUAGCAAGGAGAAGCCACUUGUGGCUGUAAAUACAAGAUUGUCCAGUGGGCAGGUCCUCUCUGAGUAUACUGGACCCAUCUCUGCUGAUCUUGAUUAUUUCCCCUCUGUUAGCCAAACAAAAGCAGAACAGGACAGUGAUAAUAAAAGUAACACUGAGAUCCCACUGGAAACCUGCUGUUCCUCAGAACUCAAAGUGGGAGGCAGUGGGACUUCUUUGGAGAGGGAGCAGUUUGAGGGCUCAGGGUCAACUCCAGAUGCCAAGUUAGACAAAACCUGUAUAAGCAGAGCCAUGAAAAUCACCACAGUUAAUUCAGUGCUACCCCAAAACAGUGUUUUGGGUGGAGUCCUCAAAACAAAGAAACAAUUGAAGACAUUAAAUCAUUUUGAUCUGACUAAUGGUGUUCUAGUCGAGAGCCUAAGUGAAGAGCCACUUCCUCCUUUGCGUCGAGGCCGGAAAAGACACUGUAAGACCAAGCACUUGGAACAAAAUGGCUCCCUUAAAAAACUGCGACAAACCAGUGGUGAGGUGGGUCUGGCCCCAACAGACCCAGUCCUGCGAGAGAUGGAGCAGAAACUUCAGCAAGAGGAAGAGGACCGACAGUUGGCUCUGCAGUUGCAGCGCAUGUUUGACAACGAGAGGCGGACUGUGAGCCGGCGAAAAGGAAGUGUGGAUCAGUAUCUCCUACGGUCCAGCAACAUGGCCGGGGCCAAGUAGCACCUAAUGAACAGUGUUACCUAGUUUAAAAGGUCUUCGGCCUUGAUCAUUUAUCCUGAAGAGCUGAGUGUUCUCACUUUGGUUUUAUUUUAAUGGCAAAACACUGUCUAACAUGGUUCUGAGAGGUUCCAGGGCCUUUGUAGUCAAUAUCCAAGGGAGCAGAUUUCCGUUUCUCUGUGACCCAGGCCAGAAGCCUAAGUGACCCAUCCCUAAGGGCUUCUGGGCCAAACCUGGCAGCACCCACUGGGAAUGAGAUUUGGAACAGCCUCAUUCAGGAACAUAAUGGCCACAGUUAGUAAUGGUAAAGAGGGGAUACCUUCUUAAACUGAUAGACUUCCUGACUUCUUUCAGCAGGGUAUUGUUUUAAAUCAGCCUUGCAGAUAAAAAUUAAUUACAUCUUUUUCAAAGAAGUGAACAGUUCCUUGGCAGAUACAAAAUGAUAAUGGUUAUGUUCCUCUCUGCCGCCCCUUGCCAAAAAAUAAAUACCUAUCUAUAUCAGUUAAGCUUAUGCCUUUACAAAAGUUAAUUUACGUUCUCUGUUUAAAAAAAUAACAUUUGGUGAAUGCUAUAUAGUUGACAGAACACAUUUACAGACAUUAUUUAAUUUAGUGUUUCCAAGAGACCUCUCAUGUAAUUGGCAUUAGCCCCAUUUUUAGAUAAUGAAACUGCAGCGCAGAUGUUCCAGUUCUCUCAACUACUAAGAGGCAUAACCCAUGGGUUUUCUAAAGGUUUCCCAAAUAGAUUACGACCUAAGGGUAUGCCAGGGGAGCCUAGGGGAAGCUAGACUGGGCAUUGAACACUGAUAGUGCAAAAUCCACAUGCAAACAAGAUCGACAGGGUAGAUAAACAUAUACUGUGCAUUAUCCCCAUCCCCCACAGUUUACAGCCUUCUGCUUUUCUGGGGGUUUCAGCCUAUGAGACAAACUCUAAUCAGGCUUAAUUACUACUUUUCACAUGGCCAAGGGUUAUCUGCAAUGUUGAUCUAAAAUCCGAAAAAUUUGCCCUGAAGUCAGGCAAAGAACAAUACUGAAACUCCAUACUAUGGAAACAAGGUAUCUAGCUGGAUGCAGCUGGUAAAUUCAGUCCCAUGGACCUUUGGGGGUUUAUUUUCCUUAGCAGCUGACACCAUGUGUCUUUUGCAUCCCUGGUGGUGCUUGGUGCUUCUGCCCAUCUGGGCUCGUUGAGAAUAGGGAUCAAGGUAUGAUUUUAGGGAAUUUCUGAUGGGCUGGCAUUCCCCAUGUAUGUAUAAGUUGUUCCUAUAAAGUCAUGUGACUGGCAUUUUAACAGACCUUCCAGAGCUUAUAUAUCCCAAUAUAUGUUGUCUCCUUUGAGUAGCCCCAGCAGGAUACUGCUUAGUUUUUCCAAUGCCAUUGGUGAAAGCAUUUCUGGAACUGUCUUCAAAGACUAGAAACACUGACUCCCAAAAUGCUAGAACUGGAAGGGACCUUAAUGGUUAUCUAUUCCAGCCUACUCCUAAGGAGGUCCUCAGCUUCUAGACCUAGAAGCCGAAGCCCAGAACAGUGACCCAUUGAUUAAGUCAGAUAGUAUAACUCCUUUUAAGUGUUCGCAGAUUUGCCUUCUUUUUCUUAGGGCAAAUCUUCAGUGUUUUGUGGUGGUUUGUGGUUAGGAGAGAGAAUUUAAAGUCUGAGACUAGUCGGCAGCUAUUUGAAGCCUCUGGGAAAGAAGGUGGCUUAUCAAGUGGGUUUGCAGUAACAAAUGGAGUGCUGCUGUAAAGCAGAGCCAUUUUCUUGUGCAGCUCAUAGUUCCCAAACAGUUCCCAAAGAGAAGUUCCAGAGAUGUCUUAAACAUUGUGGUCAUCAUUGAGAUAGGUAGAAUCUCUUUGAUGACUCCUUCGGUGAGGAACAUCACUCACCUGAAUGUAUGUAUUCUGUGUUCUGUGUGUGUGUGCGUGCACAUGUGCAGAUGUAUGUUUUAAAAACAUAUGUCAAUCUCAUGAUUUUAUAGUCACACCACUUCAGUUUUAGGCCCUACCAACAACUUAUGUUCUCCAAGGGCUGCUGGAGGGCGUGUUUGUGCCCAAAACAGAAGAGCUGGCUGUGGUUUACAGAAGACAGGGAGGGUGACCUUACCAUAAAUGCUCUUAGAGGAAACUUACCAGUUACUGCCAUUUCACGCAUUUCCUUUUUGAUCUUAGUAAAUAUUAUUGGAAGGCAAGUCUUGUUGGUAGGAGCAAAAACACUUUAUUUUUCCACUUGCCAUCUUUUUCUAUAUCUCCAGUAAUUCGAAAAACACUUUUCAGUUGGAAUUGAUUUUUGUCUUUGGUAAAAAGAAAUAUUUUUAAUAGAUAAAAGAUAUAUAUUUUAAAUAUUUCCCCAAAUACUUUCAUUUUAAGAAUUGCAUAGCAGUUGCAACAAGUGCAGAGUGAAGAACAAAUUCUUGUUAAGCAAAUAUUCCAAACACUAGGUCCAGCUUACUGCCUUUCCCCCCUUGUACCUACAGUGAUGCCUAGGAUGGUAUUGGCAGUUGUUUUCUGAACUUCCUGCUGAGCAACAGUCCUUCAAAUAUAGGUAGAGUGGUCUAGGUUAAGGAGGGCGGAGGCAACAGUCCUUCAAAUAUAGGUAGAGUGGUCUAGGUUAAGGAGGGCGGAGGCUUGAUCUUUAAUCAGGUUGUCUUUGGAGAAAGGAAAAACCACUAAGAUAAUCUAUCUGUAUUUUAAGAUGUUUCCCAUCCUUAGUAACUAAAACCUGAAUGCUUUUUCUUUCUGAAAACUCUCCCUCUCUCCUUCCAUGAUUGUGAAGUUGAUUACAAGUCGAUAUGUUAAUAUGGAUUAUUUGGGGUAAACGAAAAGGACAAGGAAGGAAACAGAACGAUGAGGAGGGUUUGUGAGCUAGAAUAAGAGGUGCAGGAUUUCACAAAUUCCUCACAAAUCAUUGAAGUUGACCACACAAAUUACCCAUGUCUUACUCUGUUCCUUGUACAUAUGCAGUCUGUGGGUUUUUUUCUUAUUAAAGGGGAAGGUAUGAGGUGGGAGGGUGAAGGUCAGUCUGAGGGGAAAUCCAAGAAAUGUGGUGCCCUCAGAAGGGGGCUGUCAGCUCCUUUCCAUAGAGAGGGAAACAUACUUUGAGAAAAUGUUCUUGACCUGUUGAUUGUAUGUGCUGGAAGAAGUCAUCUGGGCCGGUUGGGUUGGUAGCAAAUCAGGGGACUAUGUAUCCAGCUCCUGGCCCCUUUCAUAUAAUUGCCUCUGUUUUAAAAAGGUGAAGUCUUGUUGGGUGAGGCUUGCCGGGAAAACUCCUAAGUGGCUUCACUUAUUUUUUAAAUUUUAAUUUAAUUUUUAAUUUUUUGCUUGAAAGAAGCACUGGUAAUAAGUGUUUUAUUUUUUGUUCAUUUUCCCUAAAGGAAAAAUGUCCUUAAGAGAUUAAAGCUCUUAAUUGAUUACUGUCUGGUUACAAACUGGCAAACUGACUAAAAUGGGAAGCUGCCACCAUGCCUGACUCAUGCAGCUGAUGACCGAAGGCUAUUCAUCCUUUCUUUUCUAUUUGACAAACAUUUACUGAGCUUCAAACUUGUGCCAGCCCUGAGCUGGACUGUGGAGAUAAGGCAGUUCCUGCUCUUGAGGAGCUCGAUGUCUAAUGGAAUGCAUUUGAAUGUAUGUGUGGCUGGGGAGUUUAUUUAUAGUCUUAGGAAAGCCAUUUCUGGUCCCAUUUGGAUACUGCCCAGCACCCAGCAGGCUGCAUUCUACAUUUUAGAGACCCCAUCGGUAUUUGUGAAUUUGCACCAUUGCUUUUCUUUUACUAAGUCAUGUUAUGGAAGGAGAAUGAAUUUUCUCUUCUAGUAAUUACAGGACAUUAACAUCUCUUCAGAUGCUGCUUUUAGCUUAAGCUCCAAGAAAUGAGGUGGGUUGUGGAUCACUGACAUGGUCAGGGGAGGCCUACACCUCAAUUUAGUAACCUCCUAAUCUCUCCCCCAACCUGGUCUCUCCUCAGAGCUGGCAGCAACUUGGGAUUCCUUUCCUUUUUCCUGCCUAACUUUUCAUUGAAAUGUCUGGUAGGAGAAUGGGAAAAGAGAAGAAUCAAAGGCUGGGUCACGGUCAUAGAAUGUUAUAGCUGGAAUGGGCAUGGAAAUCAUCCAGGUUAAAUUUCUUCUCUGCCCCCCACCCCCCCCCCCCCUUUUUUUUUUUAACCAAACAAGGAACUUGCGAUCCAGUGCCCUAUUUUAUAGUGUAGUUUUCUAGUGUCUGAAUAAUCGUUAAAGUUUGACACACACAGACAUAACACACCAAUGACGGGGAUACCCCCAAAUGAUUUAGGAGGCUAUUUUACUAGCUUUUUCUUCCUGAUUUUUUCAGUUAAAUAUACCUAUAGACCCUGAAUACAUGCUCAGGUAGAGAAAGUCUCCAUAGUAUAAGUAAGUAAUAUGAAUGUGGAAUCUUGGAGAGUGAUGUAUUUUGAUCGGAAUAAUUUUAAUUUAAUGAUUUUAAUUAAGAAUUAAAAGCCAGCUAGCCAAAUUUUCUUUAAAAACUGGAAACUCACUCUGGUCUUAAAUUGUUCUCAGCCACCCUUUUCCUCAUCAACCCAUAGAGUGGUCUUUUGAACUGGUAUCUAAACAUAGCUGGUUAUGAAUUCUCAAAGAGAAAGCAAGUCUGGGGCAGGGUGGUCGUGGGGCAGAUUCUAGGGAAAGUGUUGAAGAGAUUUUCUUCUGAAGAUGAUCUAGGAAAUGCAUCUUUAUACAUGACUUAUCCGCUGUAGCUUUCGGAAGAAGAUCAUAGAAAAGAGACUAAGAUAUAUGCAAGCGUCACCAGUUUAGAGAUUAGUCAAAUUACAUGAAGGAAAAGUGCCAAGACUGGAUGUGCAGAUAAUUCUAUGUAUUAUCAGUAUUUUUUUCCUCCUAAGAAAAAAAUUUACUCUCUCCUUUGUGAGUAAAUGCCUCCGUAAUGCCUUCUGAGUAAGGUGGCAACUUUUAGCCAUCAUCUUGUGAGAGGCAACCUCAAACUCUGAGCAGACUCCCUCUCUCCCUUUCUGGUGUCUUAAGAACUAGUUUGAAGCCAAGGCAAAGCACGGUUUAUCUUCCUUUCCUGUCAUUUAAUAUAAGGUAAAACAGGCAAUGAACUCACUCUUCAAAUACCAUAGUUCAAGAGUAGCUGUUGGCCCUGGUUCCAGAUUAAUAUAGCAGCAGGCAGAUUGCCCCUUGGUGGGGCCACCACCCUCCAAAGCUGUGCCACCAAUGAGAGCAGGGGUUCUUCCUCAUUGGGUUCAAGUUUGCAUCAAACAUGGUAUUACCAACGCUGAGCCUCCAGCAGAGCACUUAAAAGUCCUAGUGAGAGAAUAGAUACUAUGCAAGGGAAAAAAAUUUAAAUGCCAACAAAUAGUAGUUGUUGUUGUUGUUGUUGUUUUUGAGCCUGAUAUACUGUUUACUCUCAACUCUUUGUACAAAUACUGUUGUCCUAAGGGCCUUUUCCCCUCCUGCCUAGAAAAUAGGUUGUGUGUUGGUUUUAUUCAACCUGCUGUCUGCUUUAGGAUUGGAGAAGGUACCUGGAUCCUUGUGGACUGCCACUGCUGGCUGCCUCCUCUCCAACUCAUCAGAAGAACAUUUUGACAAAGACAGAGGACUUGGACCAGGGCAUGCCCUGUUGGGGAUGCUUCUGUCAGCAAGGACAUGGCAUGGAAUCAAGUGGGCUGAUGUGUUGUUAUUUAAACAGUACCAAAGCGCAUUCUUCAAUGUAUGUUUGCCUGCUUGAGGUGAGGCCCAAGUUGAGAAUACAGUAAAGAAAACUCAUGAAAGUGGA